UCCCUUUUUUGCAAAGUGGAAAUAUAAAGUCUUUGAUUUUGUGCUUAUGUGGUUUUUUGCAAAGGCCCACUGUCUCUCCUUUAUUUUUCACCUUUCGCCCAUCCGCCAUUAUCCGCCAUUUUCCUUAGCAAGAGCUCCUUUUCUCACCCACCACUUAUUUUUAAUUUUAUUAGCUUGGACGCACAUUUCAUAUUUUAUAUUUACAUAUUUUUGGACCUUUCAGAAACACGCUCGCACACAUCGCAUAUACAAACACACAAACACAAAUGGAAGAAGUAGAAAUAUUGCCGCGGGACUCGUACCUGCACACAGUAAACAUAACGCAGGUGCCAUGCACGCUGCAGUGGUGGUUCACGACCAAGCGCAAGAACAUCGAUUUUGGGCUAUUCCGGCGCAAAGCCAACAGCUCCGGCGACGAGGGUGCGUCAUUGGCAGGCUCGGUGUCAGAGACCACAGGCGGGGCAAUGUCAAUCGGGCGGCAGCGCGGCCUGAGCCACUUCAAGCUGCAGGACCGCGGCGCAGUGGAGCUGAUGGCGCUGAAGCACUACGAGUCGUCCAAAUCAACAAUCAAGGGAUCAUGGCAUGCGACCGAGCCUGGCGCCUACGUGCUGUACUUUGACAACUCGUUUUCGAAAAACACGUCCAAGCGCUUGUCCUUCUGCGUGGCAGUCAAGGAGGAGGAGGCGAAGGAGGAGACGAAGGUUGAUUUCUCGGGCUGGCUGCUGAAGAAGAAGAGGAAGCGCAUGCAGGGCUGGGCGCGCCGGUGGUUUGCCGUGCAGGGUGCGUGGCUGGUGUACUCGACGGCUGAGGGCGGCGUGCCCCGGGCCAAGGUCGACGUCACUGGCGCCGUGGUGUCGGCAUCCAAGGACGACCGCAGCAUCACAGUAGACGCUGACGAGGGAUUCCUGCAGCUGCGCGCACAGACCCAGGAGGAGUACGAGGCGUGGGUGGCCGCACUCAAGCACGCCAAGGAGGGCGCCCUGGCCAGCAACAGCCUCGGCACCACGCUGCAGCAGGACCAGCUGUUGCCACGCGCCCGCACAGACGCUGGCGCCAAAACUGCCGCGUACCUGCACUCCGAGUUUGAGAACGCAGUGCAGCAGCUGCGCGGCAUGCUCGGCGACCAGGAACUAGGCAUUCUGCAGGCUGCCAUUGACAGCGAGCGCGCGCUGCACUGCUUGGCAACCGGUGGAGAGGCGUAUUCGGAGUCAAUGUCUGCGUCGUGCGCCUCGUGGGUGUCCGAACCCGAUGUGUUCUACGACACGAACGAGGUGCUCGAGCUGACCGAAAGCUGUGAGGACAAUGUGGGUAAGCCCGCCGAGGCUGCCGUUGAAAACAACAUCAACAGCAGCAGCAGCGAUGACGACGACCGCUCAUUCACGCGUGGCUCGGACACCUCGAGUCGCUCGAGUCGCCUGCGUAAGGACCUGAUCCGCGAUCCUGACUUUAUCGAGGCCAUGGUACGCAACAGCCUGCAGGUGAGCAUAACCGAAAACGAGAGCGAUAAAAAGCGUGCUGAGGCCGAAGCCGAGGUGGAGGAGGAAGCUAGUGAUGCCAACACGGAUCCGCAGCCGACAGCGACCAUUGACAGCACGCGCAUGCAGCUGGUCGGCUACGAGCCGCGCACGCGCCUGCCAGUUGAAAAGGUGCCAGCCACCAUCAGCCUCAUCUCGAUCCUGCGCAAGAACGUCGGAAAGGACCUGUCGAGCAUUGCCAUGCCAUUGGUCAUAAACGAGCCCAUCAAUGCUCUGCAGGCACUCUGCGAGGAGCUCGUGUACCAGCGGCUUCUUCUGCAGGCCUCCGACAAGACUGACAGCCUCGAUCGGCUGAUGUACGUCGCGACAUUUGCCAUCAGCACGCUGUCGACCAAGAAGCCGCGCGCCGAGCGCAAGCCCUUUAACCCGCUGCUGGGUGAGACCUACGAGAUGGUCGACCCAGCGCUGAAUUUCCGCUUUGUGGCCGAGAAGGUCUCGCACCACCCGCCUAUCAUGGCUUGCUAUGCCGACGCGCCUGCCUUCCGCUUCUGGCAGGAUUCAUCGGGCAAGAGCAAGUUCUGGGGCAAGUCCAUGGAGAUCGUGCAGACGUCCAGCGUGCACGUCGAGCUGCUCGCGCACGGCGACCACUUUACCUGGUCGAAGCCGUCGGCGCUGGUGCGCGGCCUUCUGGCUGGCGCGCGCUCGGUCGAGUUCACCGGCGAGAUGGUCGUAACCAACCACGUCACUGGCGACCGCUGCGUGAUUGUCUUGAAGGAGGGCGGCAUGUUCUCGUCUUCCACCGAUGAGGUCGAGUGCCGUCUGUACCGCGGCGGCAGCAACACGUGCGAGCGGGUUCUCCGCGGGUGCUGGUCCUCACACCUGCGCCAUGAGCGGUCGCCCGGCCAGCACCCCGACACCCUGUGGGAAGUGGCCGCGCUGCCGCCAGACGCAGAUCGUUACUACGGCUUUAGUUUCUACACCAUGAAGCUCAACGAAUUGCCUGACGCCCUGCGGCCUGUGCUCCCGCCUACGGAUACAAGGCUGCGGCCCGACCAGCGCGCCUACGAGGAGGGCCGUGUGGACGAGGCCGAGGCCCUGAAGACUGAGCUCGAGGAGGCGCAGCGCGCAAGAAAGCGCCGCCGCGAUGAGAAUGAGGUGGAUUGGGCUCCACAGUGGUUUGAGCUGCGCGAUGACCCGCAUAGCAAUGAGGGCCGCUCGUGGCAGUACUCCGGUGGGUACUGGGCUGCCCGUGCGCGCCGCGCAUUCCCGCAGACCGAUCAGCUGUGGUGAUCGAGAUUUUCUAAAUUUAUUUAAUUAAGCAACCAACAAAAAAAUUUUAUUGGCC